AUGCCGCUGGGGUAUGUCUUCUUCAAGCAGUUUUCUGGCCUCUUAGAAAUGAGCAUCGUGAAUUGCGUGUCCACCUUUGUGAUCAUCGGCAUCGGUUCUGACAUGAUUUUUGUCCUGACGGAUGCCUGGCGGCAAUCGGCGCGGGUGGUGCUGCUCGAGGACCUCAAAACCGAGGAGCCGGAAGAGGAGGAGGAAGACAAGUUUGAUCGAGCCUGCCGUGCACAUGAGAGGUACCUUCAGAAGCGCUUGGCCUGGGUCUAUUCCAAUGCCGGGGUCUCCUGCAUCACGACCGGGCUUUGCGGUGCGAGUAGCUUUCUGGUGAACUUGAUGAGUGUUUUGAUGCCCCUGCGCGAGUUUGGCCUCUUCAUGGGCCUUUGCGUGAUCUGGGCCAUUUGUUUGGAGCUGGUGAUGUAUCCCAUGGCUUUGGUGGCGCGUGACCGAAGGAAGUUUCGGAAGCAACUGGCGCAACAGGAGAGAGAGCUAGAGGAUGGGUCUGCCUGGACCGAUCUGGUGGUACAGCCAGCGAUACGGGACUCCCAGGUGGCACCUUCUGAUUCGGUCGGCUACGACCCUGCUGCCCAGUUGAAGGGAAGGAGCUGGCUCGUGCGGUUUUUUGCAAGCACCUGGUGCGAAUUCAUCUCGAACUACAAGAAAUGGGUGCUGGCUGGAUUCGCCAUCCUGUCACUCAUCAGCUUAGUCUUGGCCUUGCGCCAGGUGGAUGGCUCGAUGCCAGUGAUCUUCCCAGCCAGUCACAACCAAGUGCUGGGCAGGGAGGUGAGAAGCCGCUUCAAGUCCGCAGCGGGCAUCGCCGCCACCUCUGCCUUGGACGCUGCCUACAUCUGCGAUGUCGCAGCCGAGCAGUUCUCCAACAAACCAGACACACUUUCAGGUUGCGGAAGCUUCAUAUCUCUGAACUACUGCAACAAUGAGUUCGAGGGAGCCAUGCGAAAUCAAUGUGGCACAUCCUGUGGAUUUGAAGGAUACUGUCUGGCCAGCUGGUGCCAGGUGGAUGCAGCUCCCAAUGUCUCCAAGUCAGAGCCAGGUCGUUGCGAUUGCUACCAGAGCAACGACGCUCAGACCUACUCUGCUUCCAAUGCAGCAGGCAUUUCGAGGUUUGAGACCACGAUCGUGGGCUUUGACCAGGAGCGACCUCGGCACUCGUGCCCUACUUGGAGUCUCUCUUUAUGGAGAUGCUCGCGCCAGUAG